GAUAAUUUCUGACAGUGUUUGAAUUUCAUUUUUGAAAUCAUAUAUCUAUUUGACUCAAAACUGCAAUUAUUUCAUAAAAUUACGAAAUUUCAAUUUCAUUUUUGUUCCUACAAUAUACGAGCAACGAAGUUAACGUGAUUUUUUGUAACAUAUCGAGCAACUAACAGCGAUAAAUUUUAACUCAAUAAUGGGAAGCAGUGGUCAAUUGUAUAGUUUAUCCUGGGGAGAAUUUAGUUCAUCAUUGGCUUCUGCAGUACAAUUAUUAAGAGGUCAUGGAGAUUUAGUUGAUGUUACAUUAGCUGCUGGUGGACGCAGUUUUCCUGCACAUAAGAUAGUACUUUGUGCAGCUAGUCCUUUUUUAUUGGAUUUAUUAAAGAGCACACCAUGUCAACAUCCAGUAGUUAUGUUAGCUGGCAUAGGAGCAGAUGAUUUGGAAUCAUUAUUGGAAUUUGUAUAUCGUGGUGAAGUAAGUGUGGAACCUUCUCAAUUACCUUCACUACUUCAAGCUGCUCAUUGCCUUUGUAUUCAUGGGUUAACACCACCUACUAUAUUGACUGAAAAUGGAGAAGAGGUACCUGUAUCAGCAAUACCAACAGCAAAUGAAGCUUUAUCAAAAGAAUCAAUUACUCCCUAUUUUCCAUUAAAACGCAGAAAAAAGAGAAGAAAAUCAUCUUCAUCUUCUGGAAAAUGGCCACGUAAUAUUAAUACUACAGAUAAUGAAAAUAGGGCUAUAGAUGGAAGUGAUAACAGUCGAUCAACUAAUUAUGAUCACAAAGAUGAAGAUAAUACAGAACAUGGAGAUGACACAGCAGCGAACGAUCGGUUGGAAUAUUCGAAUCAUCGGAGUUGUCACUCGCCACGUGCUCAAGAAGCGCAGCCGGUGUCAACAGAAAAUUCUCAAGCAGGAACGCAUCAGGAUCAAAUAUCGGACAAUGAAUCGCAUCUUCACACUUUAAUGCCAAUGCAGCCAUAUUCUCCAUUACAUAUACCGCAAUUUCCCGGUCCUCUAAAUAUGGGCUUUCCUCCUGGAAUACCGCUCCCAUUAGUUACUCAGGGUACAACUGCUGGAACAGCGUCUUGUGGAUUUACAGGCAAUAUGAAUUUGUCUAAAAUACGUGGUGCAUCCGACUGUCCAGGCGUUUGUCCACUAUGUGGUGCAACGUUACGACAAGCGAGAAAUUUACGUAGACAUCUAUUAUCGUCUUGCAAAUAUCGAUUUAGUAGUAAUCCGGUCCAAAGUUCCCCAGCUGAUACAAUGAUGAUAGAAGUAAAGCCUGAAGUCGAGUUAUCUGGUUAUAAUGAGCAUUCUAUGACGUAUGGAACUGAUAGUGGAAGUAGUACCUGUGAGCAAAUAAUUUGUAAGCCCAGUCCACUUCCUUCGCCAACAUCACAGGGACCAAAUGUUGUUUCUCCUCAAAGCAAUGUUUCGUCUCCAACUAUCGCUAGAUGAAUAUACAAAAAUAAAAUAAAAGCGAAAAUUUGAUGUAAACAGAAUCUUCCGAUUCUGUUAUUGUGAUUUAGAAACAACUUUGUUUCCUAUCGCUAAUUUGUUUUAUAAUGUAUGUUAUAAAUUUAAUUUGAGUCUGCGUAUUCUUUUUUUAAUUAUUGUUUUAAUGUACUUACAGGAAUUUAUGUUCUGAAAUUAUAAUUUCUUUGCAUUGUUUAAGGGAAAAAAAUGGACUGACAUUAUUUUUUAAAGUUUGUCAGAAUGAAUUGAUUGUUACAUUCUCUGUAUAGUUUAUGUAUUCUUAUUUUAUUAAUUUUUCAUUUCUGAUUUGUUUCUGAUUGAUAUUAAAAUAAUUUGAAGCAAAAUGUUUAAAAUAAACAUUUACAAUUAUAUUAAAAUCUUCCACGUUAGUAAAUAAGAGCAGUAUCUUUAGGAUUAAUAGGAAUAGCAAUCGAUAAAAAAUUAUUCAUAGUAAAAGCGAUGAUUAAUAAGAAUUGCAAAAUACUUGUAAAUUUUCGAUAUCUUUCAAAUAAUCACUUAUGCAAUAAUUGUAUAUGAUCAGUUUUAUAUAAAGUUAUUGAAUUACAAAUCUUUAUUGCUCAGGUUUUUUUCUUUAUUUUUUUAAUAAAAUAUCGGAUUAAUAUUUUAAAAUUACAAGAGAAUUCGAACUUCUGUCGAUUAUGUAAG